CAUGAUGCACAUGGGUGGACGUCUGAUACAGACCUGACUCUUUUGGCUCGCCCUCUAAUGGAUAUCGCAAAAAAGGUUGAAAAGAAGGAGGGAACAGGUGAUAUACAGGUUCUGAAUGUGGAUGAAGUCAUCUACAAGGAGAUGGCAUCAUUGCCUGUCCCUAAUGCCUUUGCUCAGAUGAAGAAGAUCAAGGAUCAGCGAAACCCUAAUGCACCUAAUUUGCUUGUUCACAACAGCCCGUCUGAAGGUAAAGAAACCAGUGCUCAAGAGCAGCAAGACUCUGACAAUAUGAAUGGGACUGCACAACGUUCAACUUUAGGAUGUUUGGUCCCAACACAGUGUGUAUCUACGACACCAUUGAGGUCAAAGUGUUCAAGUUUGAUUGAACCCCAACAAGUCUCAACCAAUCCAAUCACAUCUCUCCAUAGAACCGCAGGUCCUGUCAAACCAUUAUUCACAUGUCAGGAUUUAUCUACACCUCAGAGUCUAGUGGAUUCUCAUGUUUCAUCUAGAAUACCUUUUCUAGAAAGCUCCCCAGCUCCAGUCAUCAGCCAACACAUAAAUCAGUAUCAACCAAUCCCAGGCAGAAGCCUUCAAAGAUACAUAAUGCCAUCUGAAAACCAGUGUUAUACUGAAGCAAGGACAAUCUCUGUUGUAAGACCACCAAGACAGUAUAUCCCCAUCAGAGUUCACUGCCAGAAUGAUAUUGUGCAUGCUGAUGAAGAUGAUGGGAACAGUUCUGUCCAGUCAUUUGGAGUUAGCUAUGAAUCAUAUCCAAUGCACCUGGCCCAAACCAUUCCAUAUGAAAUCCAGAGGCAAACACCAUCUCUUUCAGUGAGCCACAUCAUGGUACCAGAGUUAACCCAGGAUCUAUCAAACAGGCAUGGAUUUUUCAGGAUUGAAAGCUCACCUGAUAGUCCAGAGCCUGUCAGAGAUGUGGAGAUCGUUAUCAAGCAGAUAAGAACCCAAAUGGUAACAGAAGGACUGGAACCGGCUACAACGCAUGAUUUAAGUCUGUCUGAGUCUAAUUUAGAAGAACCAAUCAACACCAGCUGGGACGUACAUGAGGAGCCUCAAUCAUACACCUUAGCAGAAGAAAACACCUUUGUGUUCUCACAAAGUCCAAUUGCCCAGUCUCCUCUUUCUCAGACUCAAAGUCCAUCUGAUCAGUUUCAAUCAAUAGAAGAUUUUCUGGAAAACUACAAUGGUCGAAAGCCUCUUAUCGGUCUACAAGCUGUUAUUAAGUGCCAGAGCGUGGAUGGGAAUCCACCUCCAUGCUGUUACCUGUGUCAGCUGUGUUCUUUGAAGCUGAAGAAGAAAAAAAUAUUCAGCCACCUGACUGGCUGUGAUCACCAGCGAAACUACUUAAAAGCUCUCCAUCCACAACUCUUGCCUAAAAAGCGUAAACACUGCAACACAAAUGAGAUGCUUGAGGAUAUUGCUAUCCAGCUGGAGAAAGAGGAUGGAAGAGGACAUAUAAAGGUGAUGAGGUUGUCUGCAUGUCUUAUUAGUGAGGUACUGGAAAAGGAUUAUCAUUGGUGCAUGAGGGUGUUGAACUGUGGAGCCGAUGUGGGGUGGAGAUCAGGUCUGUUGUCUUUCAAGAAAGGAACUAGCAACACCACAGGUCCCAGACAGACUCUUAAACGUCCAGCAGAGUCUAUGCUGCCCCCUUCUGAUGCACAGGCUUUAAUAGCUCCAACCCAUCAGAUGUCCAAAAAAAUGAAGAAGGGUCAUCCUAAGAAAGUAGUAUGUACAAACAAAGUUAAAGAGCCUGUUUUUAAGGUAAGCCUGUCACUGCAGGAGGGACCUGUUAUCAUUGAGAGAACAUCUCUAAGAGAGACAACCACAGUGGCACCUGAGAUCGAAGACCGAAGCCCUGCAACCACAUGCACAGACAAUGAUGCACCGCCUUUAGCAGCUAACACACAUUCUGAAGUUCAAAUGAGCUUUCACAGCUGUACGUAUGAGAAACAGUUCACAAAUCCUGCUCAUUAUGCAUACUCAGGGCAGUUUGACCAGUCUCAAGUUUUUCAAUAUCUCGAGCCUAAUCUCAGACCUAGGGACUGUGGUCCAGUGGAUGAGGUGGUCACUGUCACGUAUGCUGAUUGGCCGCUGCAGGACUGGUCCUGUACAAACAACCAGUGGAUUGUAAUGAGGCAAAACAGGGAUGGAAGUGAUUACUCUGAGUGUGCAAGUUACAUGCAGUACUGAUGAGAAUGAGUCUUGAAACAUCAACAAAUAAUAGUUUGAGCACUUUUUUGAGAAGAUGCUGAGAAAUGAU